CGCAGAGACUUAGGGAGCGCCUCGAGCUGGCCACCACUCUCUCUCGCCUUGUGUGUAGGCGCGAGCCAGAAUGAAAUAGCCGCGCCGCCGCAGCCGACCACACGCCGCGUGUGUCGCUCCGCGAGCAGCAGCAGUGAGUAGUGCGUGUGCUGCCGUCGACCCCCCCACAACUCGAAGAGCGCGGGUGAACGACUACCCACCCCACCCCCCCCCGCCACCGCCGCCAUGCUCGUCGCACCGGUGCUGCCGUACGGCUACCCUCUGUUGCCUCGGAGCAUUGCGGCUGAGCGCGCCGCCUAGAAGUAGCCGCUGCGCUAGCGCAUAUCUCUCUCUAGCUGUUUUUUUUUUCUUCACUAGUACCCUGCACUCCGCUUCGCCUCACUACUCGGCCGUCCCGUUCGACGAUCGCACACUACAACAGGUGCUGAAGCACAAGGAUUGCACGUAGACAGCCUGCUACCUCUGACUGGUAACAAAAGAGAAACAAACAGAAAGAAAAGAAAUAAGUUUUUGACGGACGUUCCUCUCCUCGCCUACGCCGAGUAGUUCGCGUCGGACCUAUUUUGGACAGGACUCCUGUCGUGCCAUCGGACCACCUGUCGCGGCUGGAAUCUUCGCGCGCUCCGUGUUGUGUGGCAGUGAGCUGUUGUCUGCUGAACGGAUACUCUCGCCAUGCGUCUCUGCUUGAUGCUCCUGGGUGCCCUGCUGUGGCUGUGCAGCGGUUGCGAGGCGGCCCGCAUCAUGGGCCCAUCGUCUUCGGCCAUGCGCCAGGCACUGUGGUGGAGGAGGCCCGGGCUGCUAGAGCGCCGAGAGUCUAGGGCGGGACCCUCGUCUCUGUCCGGCCCAGCUGUGGCGGUCGCCAAGGGCUCCUCUUCGCCAACAGCCUCGGCCAAGGCGAAGGCCGGGAACCCCGAAGCGCCCGGUGAGGUGGCGCACACCGGCGACGCGGGAUCGUCCAAGGCACAGCAGUCGGUCAGGUCACCGCGAGGAGCCAGGCAGUACGACGUUCCGCAGAUAGAGUGUCCCAGCGCGGAGGACGGCAUGGAGCGGUUCGCGUGCCCUUCGCCAGACCGGAUGGGGCGAUACCGGUGCAUCGACGACCAUGUCCUGUGCGACGGAUUCAUCGACUGUCCGCAGGGCGAGGACGAGGACCGAAUGUCUUGCAUGUUCUACAAGACGACAAAGGCUCACCUGGACGUGCUAGCUGACGCACUGCUAAGGUGGGCCCGGGGCCGCUACUGAAAACGAGCGGUCCGCCCGCAUAAGGCGGGGUUCCUCCGACCAAAGGUCAACGCCCGGCGGGUUCGAGGUCGCGCCUGGAGAGGCCACGCCACGCAGAAGCAGGCCUCACCGCAGUCUUCUUUCGGAUGACGCGGUGGCCGGCGCGCCUCUCUGGAUUCGAGCUUUCCCCCCCGCACGCGUGACGAGACAACCGCCAUCGUCGGCCACCACCGUUCGUUCCUUCGUCCGGAGUACAGCAUCCUCACCCGACGCAAGGACGCCUCGCCCCCUGGAGACGCGCACCCAACCGGUGGCUUCGCUCGCUCCUUGAGCCGCAAACGCGCCAGGCGGCGCUAGUUUUGCGACCCUUUUCUGGAACGGUCCUUCUUCAAGGGCAUCUGUUUCAACGCGCGCUGGAUUGGCCAAAUGAAAGGAAGCGAAGGUGGCUAAAAAAAAGAUUUGAAAGCGCGUUAUAACGUGAUAAGCAACGUAAAACGUCCUAAAGCUCCCUGCAGUGAAGCACCGCACUGUAGGUUAUAGGAACACGAAAAUUAUUGUUUCAAGAAGUCACCUCUGAUCGUUCUCUGUCAAUGUGCUUGCUCUUAGGAGGUCAAAAAAUUAAUUAUGCGCUCCUUGAGUGCGUGUGUAUCGUGGUUGUCGCGAGCAUGUCGCGAGCGUGUCGCGGGCUUAACUGUUCGUUUCAUGAUUUGUGUGGCUGUUUAGUAUUUGCUGUUCACACAGGACGCUAUGUGAUUUUGAUCGCCCGCAACGCGUGCACGCUAUGCAGACUAUUCCCCUGCGUUCAGAAGAAAUUAUGCAUGUUUUGUGGAAAAAACUUCUUUCUAAAGAAGCAUUGCAACCAAGCUCAAAAUUCGCAGCUUGUUUAACUUGGAUAUUCGUGAUAUGGUAAGUCACACGAAAAUGUUUGCCUAGUAAGUUUCGCAUUGCUCUGAAAUAUUUGAAAGUUGGUGACUUCUCAGUCUUUUUUUUUCCAAGCUACCAGUAGACUGAACCUCGAUGUACAGUGCUUGAACCGAUUAACUUGAUGUAACAUAAAAUGCUCAUUCUUGUUUCGAUAAGCGUAAGCUAUCAAUCUCCUUUUCUUGCUUGCCUGCCUGCGUUCAGGCGGCAAAAUACCCUAUUGAAAUUGCAACCGAAAUAUAACUAGUCUAAUAAAUGCUACAAAGCAGUAAUGAAGCUAACCUUUGUAACGUCGUGGUGCUUGCGAGAGUUCACGUGCCUGGCACACGUGCGCGGCAGUGUCUGGUGGGCCUGAGGUUACUACAGUGCGAUAGUCCGUACAUCUUAUUGAGCCGUCUGACGGCAUAUUAUUGUGGAAUUCAUUCUGAUGAAGGUGUAACAUACGUUUUUUUUUAAGUAUCAAUGUGGCCUAGCUUUAGGCUUUGAGUCACAGAUGUCUCAGGCGCCCAUAUUAAAUACUCAGGCGGAAUAACUGCCGGCUAAGCACAAUAGGCCAACACUGCCUGCUGCAACACCACCGCCACCAUCAAAGAUUAGCGAUCGGUGGUUUGGCUACGAAACGUUUCAUGUUACCUCGCAUUGUAAGCGACAAGUGAUACGAGCUGCUUCAGAUUAUGUACUAGAGUACCCAACAUCAUGUCGCAUGAUGGACAGCAACUUCCUUGUACUGAAAUACUGUUUGAAACACAGGCUAUUGGCAAAGUAUAACGAACCGGAAUAGACUGCGAGUGAGUCCAAUUAAAAAAUGGCAGCCCAACAUGCCCUUCAGGGGUCUGUCUCAGCAGUGACCAUCGAGCUCCCCUAAUGGCAAUAACAGCUUUUCUCUCGUUCUUCACGCCAGUGGUGAGCUGCUGCAAUCCUACUGUGAGCAGCGUGCCACGUCCGGUCAGCAGAGUCAACAGGCACAUGUUAUGACUUGUGACUGAGAACAAGAGCUCAACAAGAUAAUUAUACUGGAAAGAAACUGAAGCUCUACUGGUUGCAUCAAAUUGACAUUGGGGGCAGGCGAGAAGAACAAAGCUCCGCGGCUUAAAACGCAGUCGUUCAAGCAUCCGCAGGGCGCGGAAUGGCGCGAGUGAUAUUUGUCCACAGUGACACGGCACGCUGUCUGACAGCUGCAGUUGGUGGUUACUUGGUCUAUUAAUUUCUCAUUCAAGGUAGCGCUUCUGUUAAAUACAGCGUCCUCUUCAGGCUGAACUAAACGUAGGGUGAUGGUCCAGUUACUUAAUGUGCCCUUAGGAUGUUGUAAAAGGGUGUUAUAUAAAACUAUGUUUGGAGGUUAUUGGCUUUACAUGCUCGUUUGUAAAAUGCUGUCUUGGGUCUUGCUACGAUAGUUUAACGCAUGCUUGUGUAUGGUUGGCUACCGUAAGUCUGGCUACUAUGAGGCUAUUAAGCUGUUAAAUGUUAGGAGCCUCCUCUCUGCCGGGAGGAGGCUCUUAAGCACACUCGCUGAAGUGUCGGGACGUUACUAGCUCGUAUAUGUGUCAGCGCAUGCCAAUAAUCAAACGUAUAAAACUGAAAUAGCAUAUAAAUUAUUUUCCCCGAAAGGUAUCAACCAUGCAACUGCACAGUUGCGCAGGCGUCUCCUUUCGAUAAACUUGAAGGCCAACAAACCAAACAAUGUGAGUGAUCCACCUCCUGUCCUCCAUAGCGAGUACUCAUCGUACGCAAAUAUUCACCUCGAAAGCCAUGCAUCAUAUGUCAUUUAGCUGCAGAAAAACGCAUGGAAUGAUUUUUCUCGUUAAGUGUCUACGUACCAAAUCAUAUCAGUUGCCUCUUUACCGAGACUGCUGCAGUAAAAUAAGAUUACUUCAAUGUGAUAUCGUCCGUUAAGCCUAAUAUUAUACAGACGACGUCAAAACUAACAACUGUCAUAAACCGCAAGAAAUAUACGAAUAGCGGAAUAGGUGCAACCAGCGAAACACAAGAUAAGAAACAGAGAACAUGUUAUGGAGUACACAGGCAUAGUUAGCGCAGCCUUUUAACACGGUAAUAUAAAUAUUAGAACGAUAAAUAGCAAGUGGGGUGACUUGUUUCAAUGAACCAGUUUAGAGAGUUCCAGAACCGUCGCCUGGUUCAGAUGCGGCUCAUGGCGGACUCUGCGUUUGUCCGUAUCGCCUUCGAUACGAAAAAAAGCUAAAGCGAUCCGAGAACGAGCGAAGCUCUGGCACGUACGUGUCGGCGUUCCACUGAGCAAACCGUAUCCCUUUUACCGCCGUCAGAGCGAGAGCCCCAACCAUGCAAACCCUUCGAAACUUUUUUGAAAGAACGCGAAAGAACUCGUCGUUGACAAUCCGAGAGCUGUGCCGCCGUUCUUUGGUCCGUUUCUUUGUCGUGCAUGGUUGAGCUUAUUUUUCUACUCUGGUCGCGUGUGUUGUUAGCCCCGAGAUUGCGUGAGACAAGCAGAAUUUUGACAGCAAAAUUAAGUAACCGCACGGUGAACCACCUUUAACGAAAAACGCAGAACUGGACGCACCUUCCCAUGUGUCUUGCUGCCCCAAACCGUGAAUCGCGAGAUACGAGAGAGAAUGGCGCUUCCGAGUCGAGCUUACCACCAUUUCUGGAGUAUGGCGAAGCCUCCUACUUCUUCUGAAUCAUCGUAUUUUCUUUUAAUAACCUAUCGUCAAAUACCUACGCUAAAAGCUAACCAAUAGAGCACGAAUGUUAGUGCAAACAAUGGGCAUUGACUCAGUCCAAGAUGCAUCCUGUUCAAAGCGAUGCCCUCAUUUAACACCCAUUUCAUGCAGACUCCAACACAACUCCGAAAUACGUGUACAUUCAGCUCGCAUAUUAAUCAAGCGGGUUUUUUUUUUCUCUUGCGGUCUCAAUUGGUUGUAUCUAUGCGACAAUCCGUCAUUCGGUAAAACGAAUGCAUCCUUCCUUUCCUCGCCUAUAGGCAUUGGCCGAUGGAUGUUAUGACCCACUGCUAUUUAGAUAGCUACAGACUUACAGGUCCGGGGUCUGCAAAAUUUUCAGAUUGUUGCGGCACGUAGCAAGAGCGGCAAAAAUACGACUAGCGCCAAAAUUUAUCAAAAUAUUGAAGCAAACUUCGCGCUCCCAGUGAAAACCUCACCAGCUGAUUGCAGUCACUCUGAAAUGAAUUUACUGUUCAUGGCCGCUGUGGCGUCGGUAAACGUAGUCUGAGAUUGCAAAUUACACCCCUAACGUAGUCAACACUAUCGACCGAUAGAACUUCGAGGUAUAGAAACUCCAGAAACUACAGAAAAGGUUCUAUGAAUGUUGAAGAAUAUAUCGCCACAUAUGGUUCAAGUUACUACGAGAUGAGUCUGCUCGACAGAGCACUUUUAGCUGAUCGGCGUCACCAUCUCGAGGUGGUUACGAACUUAUGAUUUUUGUUGUCGCGCUAAUUAGGCCCUCUCGCAUGAUGAGAAACAUGCCUGUAGUGCUGACGCAUUGGAAAAUACUGCAGAGCGGACGCGAUCAAAGAGAAGCGCGUGUUCUAUGUAUGCUAUUGUGCAACAUUUGGGUCUGUCUCUUUCGUUCGGUCCCGUCGGAAUGCCAGGCUGUGCGAGUGCCCUGGCUCUGAGCCCGUUGGGCGUGAUAUCACUUGUGUAAAUCUAAGGUAUAUGCCAAGCAGAAAUGGAAGUCGACUACUGGUGAGAGCUAGACAAAAACAAGGAGUAGUCACAGGCCAGUGCCAACGGUUUCAUAAAAGAGCUUGCGUAGGCCCUGGCAGACGCAAGCCUUGUAGUCCGAGCGCUUAACCCAGGAUGAGACUCCUUCAAGCGUUGUUAACCUUGAUUGGCACCUUAUUCUCUCCUAGCUCAUGUAUUUCUUGUAUAGCGCACUUAUAAAGCUCGCGCACUACGAUCACCGUUACGGAAGCACUAAAACCCCUCCAUUAUGUAUAUCGGCCCAGGAGGCCACCACGGUUGUGCUUAAGUCAAAAAAUCAUCGCUUGUACGAACCGACCGGGAGACAAAGCGCCAUAAUCUUUCGUAUCAAGUGACUCUAUCCCGGCCACAAACAGGAGAAGCCGCCCACUGAAUCACCGGGCUUUUCUGUAACUCCGACCCUACCCUCCGCGACUGUCCUUCACGCCAGAGUCCAUGUGUUCAGCUCUCCCUCAUACCCGCUAAAGUCCACGCUUCCCACAGCCCCUAGUCACGACUGGCCCCUCUUUGGGACCGAACAUUUGCCAGUCCAGUUUGUCUGCACUGUGACAUAGCCAACCUUUCGUCCUCUCCUUUUCUCCAAUUCACUGGUGAGAACUUCGAAGCCAUGUAGGAGCCCACAAGUGGCCAUUUUGACUGGCCUCUGCGAGCACUGGCUACGAACGAUUUUAUCCGUUGCUUAAGGGCUCCAAAAGGCGCCAUUGUUUGCCAAGGAACUCACUGGCUCAUCUUUAUUUUCGGGCAGAUCCUCCCACUAAGUUGUUUUUACGGGUCUGUUGCAAAACUUAUUUUGUUCACUUCUUUCGUGCUUGCAAGAUCAUGAGUUCAAACUACGAGUUUUUCAAGAACUGCUGUUCCUUUUCUUGACAAAGCAUUAAGCCCAAUCACAUUAUCCCGGCAAAUACUCAAUGAAACAAAGUUCUUUAUGGAAAUUUUCAACUUUCAUUGUUGUUCAGCAAAAAAAAAAAAGGGGGGGGGGAUCACGCCCGACGCCUCUUCAUUUUAACACUGCGCAAAUUCUCUCUAGAUGCGCGCACUGCCUCGCGCCACACGCAGGACGUUACAGACACUGUUGCGAUACUGCACGUGUACUUCUUCGCUUCUCUGUUGUCACAAGUCUGUGUCUCUUACUUUGUUCCGUCUUACAUGUAAAUACGUAUGCAAUACAUGCGGGUUGUGCAAACUGCGCUCUUGUACAUGCCUGUACACAGAUGAGUCUAUAUAUACACACAUAGAUAUAUAUACAUAUAUAUGUAUACAUACAUAUGUCCCACACUCUACCCGAGACAGACGCACCACUCGAAACACGGGCAAAAUGACAGCUUGAAAAAGCGGGUUCAAAUGGUCCUGCGGGCGACUGGCUCAUCCCACGUAAGGGAAUCAUCCCUGCAAAUUUCGCCAACGCGCUUCGAGUCACUUGUUCGCUGUCGCACUCGGAGGAACCAGAUGGUUGUCGACUGGUUCCGAACUGCCGCACGGAUACCCUCUUCCUCGGGAUUAAACUGAAUGCUACAUCAACGUGUAGUUUUUUUUUCUCUCUCUCACUUUCCUUGACCGUGAGCCAUCAGAAGGUAGUUCGCGUUGGCUUAGAAAGAACAGGAAAAUCUAAAUGUGUGCGGCUGAAGAAAAUGUGAUAACGCUACUAAGCACCCAUAAGUAAUUGAACAUUACUGUGCUUGGAGUACCAAUGAAAAAACCAAGCACAAACUGCGCGUUCAUUCGCUCCGUAAGCACGUCAGCAUUAACGCGUGAUGGGAUUUGUAAAACUUGAGUCGAAGGUGUCGGAAGGGCGACAAGCGCUUUUAAGAAGAAGAAGCCCCACACAAGCAGCCUUUGCGGAUAUCGCGCCGUUGAUUCGUGGUUUCAUCUAGGGAGUCGCCAGACAUGCAAAUUUAGGCGGCCGUCGAGACAAGUUUCUCUUCUGCAUUUCUUUAUUUUUUGUGGCACGUGCAGUUAUCAAAAGUUCUUGCAACGUUCAAGCACAUGGCUAUCAAUGGUAUUAUAACUACGACCUUUAUAGGCAAAUUAGAAGCAUUUAUCAGCCACAGCUGUAUGAUCAUCCACAUGACCGCUUAAGCUGGUGCUCCUAACUUUUACUGACCCACUACCAACGCGCGACCUCGUCGCUUAAACGUUGUUACUUGGAGCUGCUCAGUCUGUGCAUGCAGUCUGUGCACACGGGCAUCCAGGAAAAUAUGCCACUGCAGUAAAUAUGAGCUGAAAAAAAAUUUAAUAAACCCGACAUAAAUUUGGCGCUACAAUUUGCAAUGCUUAAUAAGCUUUUAUGAACCGCCUGCAUCAGAGCGCCUCUGCUCAGAAAGUGCCAGGGACCGGCGUGCGCGCAGCAAGGUGCCGGUCAGACUGCAAUUCAAGUGUUCGCUUUCGCAGCCCUGGCUUUACUCUGCCGUCGACAAUUUCAAUUCAGACGCUCUCGGGAACCGAGAAGCGACUCGAACAAUAGAAGACGAAAUAACACCGCGCCCAUUUGCGAGGCGUGGUCUAUUUUGCUUGCGCGCAUUUGCCCGGCGCCGAACCCUUGGCCUGCAAGAAGCAGCGCCGGUCGGUGAAGUUGACGCGCGCGGGAGCUUCGUCGGCACAGGCGUCGCCGUGAAACUCGAGAACUGUGUCCACAACUGUGUUCAAGAAUACUUUGUCAGACGCAUAGACGUUUUCCGACGUUCCACCGCGCUGCCGUCGUUCUUUCUUCUCGCUAUAGAUCUCUUCGGUGUGAUCCCCUCUAUCUUUACCACCACGCAGGUGUUUGCAUGUGUUCUCCUCUCAGCAAAAGGGGCAGCGAUAGUAGGUGCGUGUGUGUGCGUGUGUUGUCCGCAGCGCGAAACGUUCUUUCGUAACGUCCAAAGGCGACGCUGAAAGAGCUAUUUUCUUAUGGUGUACACUAGCUUGAACCUCCCAGUGUCAAACCGUCUAGCGGCGGGACGCUCCUGUAGUCCUGAGUGGGGCGUCCACACCACGUAGAAUAGAGUUGUUUGAUGAAAACAGAAAUCUGCAAGGCGAGGCAAAAACAUUCGAAGCGCGAUGUGAAUUUCAAAAAUGCGUCAGCUAAUCGCUCUCAUGGACAUCCCCAAAAGCGGCUCAAGACUUCAAAGGCAAAAAUGCAGUUCUUGUUACUUUUCGUCUGGUCUGCUGUGCCCAGAACGAUUAUGUCUUUUUUAGUCCUUGGUUUUCAAUGCGUCCGAUAAAAGCUUCGAAGUCAUCACGCCCGAAGCUUCUGCAUCGUUAUCAAUGUCAUAGAGUGUCGUAUGAGCAAUUUCAGUCCGGUAAUGAAUACAAUGGCAGCUGCAGUACGCGUAGCCGAGGUUCGUGAUCACACUUCUUGAAGCGCGCCAUUCAGUAUUCUUUUCCAAAACAGCUUUCAAUUGAGCGUCUAUCCUGUCCACCUGGCCUCUCAUUUCCCGACAAUCUUUCCCACAAAGCACAAUGACCCACUUUCAAUAAAUUAUCUUUAUUUUCCAAGCCCCCUCUCAAUAAUUCAAACUGAUGCGAUAACCAGAUUGGUUUAAGUCAUACGACAGCAGCAAUUAAAUAAAGGCGCUGUAUGAAAUGCCAAUAAAAUUUCAGUGCGUGGCAGAACAGAAAAGGCCUGAGGUGGUGUUCAGCCAAGGUUAUACGUAUUCUACGGUAUAAUUUUGUCGCAUCGUGCGCACUAUACGGCACAGAUUUUGGUCCCUUCGUGCCAUCGGCUCUUCAAAUGUCAGGUGUCCUGCAAGGCCAUUUGGUGAUGAUCACUCUCUCGCGUGUUAAAGGUUUGCGCUGGAGGGCCUCAUUUUAUUAUUGUCUUUGGUGCACUUUCAGACUAGACGUAAGUAUUGUCUCAGCACAACUCGCAGCUCCCACGGCGCGUUGUUCCAGAACAGCGUGCAACAUCGGUGGCAGAAGACAUGUGAAAUUGCAAGUAUAAUGGCAAACAUGAAUAUUGCACUGCAUUGCAAACAGCACCAAAACGUGCGAAAGACUGAACCCUCUAUAGCGUGCGCUAUCGUAAAACGUGCGUGACGGGCGCCAUUCGCUUGCAGCUGAAACCUUGUAACCAAGGUUCGCACAUGCAGAAUAUUGCGCACAAUAAUCUCCAGGAAUCCGGCACGUCGAUUCAAGCCACCUUCGGGCGUCAGUGGUUACCUUAGAAAAGCUUCGCGGCAAAUUAUUGUUUCCACAUAGGUACCCCAAGUUCGCUUCAAUUGCCACCGUAGUUUUCCCUUGUCUCGUGUGGUUGAUCGAAGGCCUCAGUAGUCUUUCGACUAGGACGUCCGGUCUUACACUAUACUUCAGUUAAACCUAGCGCAGAUUCAAAGCUCUCAAUAUUUUGUAAGUCAAGUGUAUAAGCAUCCCCCAGCGUAGUUUUGUGAGCAGGCCUCCUCUUCAUGUGCCCAAGUGAAGCAAAGAUGCAUGAUCUGGAAGUGAAAUCGCGGUGCGCUCUGUAUAAUUUGACACUUCUGUCUAGCAUGAGUUUCACAGUCGGUACCUGUCACCGACCUCACUACUGCGAAUCUCAUCGCUUCGUUGCUUUUUAAGAGCAGUUAACACUAUCUCAACAAAGGCUCAAAUGAACCAAGUGAAUUAUUGGUGCUUAUUUUCUCGUUAUUGUUACUGAUCUAUAUACGUUGGAUCAGAUAUCAAGCAAGGCAUUGUUGUCAUCCAUGGAACAAAUUCUUGUCAUUCUUGAGCAGCAACAAGCACGUGAGAAAGAACUGAGCAUUAGUGAAAACAUGAAUAGCAUUGUUUGUGCUAUCCGAGUUGGCAUUAUGUCUUGCUAAAAGCACAAGUGCUUGUUCCAGAGUUGUCAAUUCUAUUAUGCUUUUUUUUUUCUUUUUGUACUGUGUGAGAGAUUGUCCAGCAUAUUUUGUCAGUUGAAGCACUGUUUUGUUAUGCUAUGUUUCUCUGCCCAGUGUCUCAUGCAGUUUAAUGUGAAAAAAUAAGCACAAACACCCAGGACGACCACAAAGAAGAGACGAGAAGAGCACUUCUUUGUGGUCGUCCUGGGUUUUUUCGCUGAUUUUUUUUCACCUUAAAGUACUAUUUACCAACUAGCCCCAACCGAACGUUUAUUGUGUCUCAUGCAAUGUAAGAUAGUAAACUAGACGCCACACUGGUUAGCAAACCUACAUUUCUCUGCACUCUGUUGUUUCCGUGGUUUGGACGACCGUAUAGACGAAACACGUUCGUCUCAAGACAUGCUGUUUUGGUUUCAAUGUGCUGUGGGUUUUACUACGCUGCAGGAUGGUGUCGGCCUCCAAGAAUGGAGGGAUCAUGAUAAAACACUCUUCCCAGAACAAACACUGUGCAGAAGCACCAGAACCACGUUGGGCACUUUAUACGAUCGCUCCAGCAUAUAAAUACUAAAUGCAAACAGUGCUGCUUAAAUUGCAAUCAAAUUCUGAAACGUCCGAAUCCUGAAAUAUCAUUGCUAUCAAAACAAAGAAAAAUAACGCACGAAAUUAAAUUACUUAAAUGUCGAUUUCGUGCAAGUUUAACUUUCGUUCAUCUUACGAGUUCAAUAUACGUCUAUGUUAUGAAUGCCGGCAAGUCGAUUGCCAACGCAUAAUUGUUCCCACAGGGUAUGCGCGAACAAUGACGACGCUUUAUCUACACCAAUGGCCUCUUUUGAUGCAACUACCCUGACGUUCACAAUGCAUGAUGUCAUUGGCGCGUGGGCAAACAUGUCAAGUUUUAUAACAAUUGACUCUUCAUCGUUCUUUUUGGUUCCGGCAAACACCACUGAGAAUUACACUUGCUCUAAGUGAGAAGCAUGAACCCAGCGACAAACCUGGUAAAUUAUGCUAAACAUGAACUUGAAUACGAAAAUAUUUCUUAUGUGACUGUAAUAUUAGCGUGAGAGCAAUUAACUGCCUCGCCCCUUAAUAACAUUCGAGCUUUCACGUCUUUUAAGUUUCUUCGCCAUAACGUUUCGCAGAGGGUGCUGUACAAUUUAAAAUGGUGAGCAUUGCUAACUACCACCGUGACUGCAGUCAAGACAGUAAAAUGAAAGUGGACAGGAUCAGCAUGAAAUUAAUUUGCUUAUUGCGCCCCGGCAGGCUAGUCAGUCUACCUUACGCCACACUAGGCCACAAAUUGGUGUUAAAAGAUCACUCCAAGGCUUUGGAGCUUCCUUAUCUUUUUUCCAUUCCUUCUAAGGAAUGAAAACAUAUUUAAGAAGUUCUAGUGGGUUGCGGUUCCAGUCUCCUCAUUUUGCAAUCGACCUAAGUUUCCUUGUAGAUCUCCGUUAUGUUGAUUGGCUUAUCAACAAGUAUGGAAUAAAUAAACACUUGUGGUUAUUACAGUGGCAGGCUAUACUGCUAAAUUAAUUAUUUCAAACUUCUUGCGUGGGCAUAAUUAGGGCGAAUAAUGCGAUUUAGCUGUGGAAUUUCUCAAGCUACAGAAGCAAUUGUGACACCAAUUUCACAGUGUCUUGCCGGAUGUGGGUUUUCUAUUCUCUUUCGAAACGAAGGCCUGCAAAACUUGACGGGCUCCAGUUACUGUAAUUUUGGAUUAAUGCGUGAGUGCUUUACGCAGUCCGCAGUUACCUAUUGUUUAGUUCAUCGUUGCAAGAGCCUAUGACGUCACAGGAAGUUGCUUCAGCAGUAUGACAAUGGCGUCGCCAUGUUUUUUUUUUUUUCUUGCUUUUACAUUGUUCUCAGGCUUACCGAACUCUUCUCUCGGUAAUAGUCACCUAUCAACCCUUAAAAAAAUAAAAUUAACGAACCGAGCUUAACUUAAUCCUUUAGUGACCCUUUGAGCGAAUACACAGCGUCCUAUCACGCGCGUUCAUCACACUGCUUCGCUUUUUUUGUUGAGACUCUCUCACCGUCAUCGCUCGUAUUUUUUCCGUUCAAGGCGCGCGCCUCUUUGAGAGCGGUUUUCAAGGCGUGGUCGCUUCCCUCACCGACAUUAGAGCACCCCUGAUGAACAAGUGCAAAUCAUGGCUCGUCACUCAGUAAGCGGGACACUUCUUUCCACCUCGCCUCCUUCUCCUCCUCGCCUUCCGCGUCUUACCCGCGUACUUCUCCGAUCGUGGUCUUCGACUAACCGUUGACGACACCCUUUCCUUAUUCACCAACUACCGUGGUCUCCUGCAUUCUUGUAUAAAAUGAAGGAUGCACAAAUACGUCAGUGGGCCACCAAAUAGCCCUAAUGCAACACCUUGCUUAACGCGUCUUCAGCCGAACAGCAGGUGAAUUGACUUGAACAACAAAAAUUCCCAAAUAACGUUUCAUAUAAUUGCUUGGUCAUGAUAAUUGCCGCCUCUAGAAAAAACAAAAUAUAAAAACAGUAGUAAAAAUAAGAAUGUCAAAACUCUUAGAACCAAGUACUUUACAAGGACUAUAUUUAGUAUAAAAAAUUUUGAGAUACCUCACCAUUUAGUUACUGAAAUGUUUCUGUACUAAACUUUCCUUUAAUGCAUCGUUAAACUAAAUGUUUGCAGAGCCAACGUGGUUCUCAACGUCGGUCUUACGGUGGCAGUACGUAAUUAUGAAGGAACCUAACGACACUAAGUUGAAAUACCUAUUAACGUACGUAUUCAUAUGCUCCAUAACAUUUCUUGCAUUGUCCAAAGCUGUCAAGCUUGCAGCGCACUGGCAGUCCUUAAACUACGUAAAUAAAAGAUUAGCCCUUCCUGGGCAUCUUGAUAAAGCGGCACUAUGCUGAAUUACGAGCUACGUUCCUCGCAUCACAGGUAGAUGUUCGUUAUAUUAAAGCGGAAGCGAAAUCUCGUAGUGCUCUCUCACAAUAACUUGCACUGAUUGCCGCGGAAAUAACAAAAAUUAGCUCACCGCCAUUAUAGCUUGGUGCUGAGUUCACGGCGCUAAGUUCGCCAAACCUCAUGCAAGGUGAGAUUUCUCAACAUAGCGGUCACCAUGAGAAAAAGACACCGCCUGACCGAGCCGAAAUACUACCGCUUCCCAGAAGCUCGACCAGAAUCGCGAGGGUAAAAAAACGAAGCAAGGAAUAGCGAGUCGCUAAGCAAAGCUCGAAAGCGAGAGAAUCUCCCUGUGACACUCAGACAUCCCCGCCAUCGUUCGGUUCAAGGAUGGAGCAAAUAACAAAUUGCAAAUACUCGGGCCGACCAAGGAACACGGAAGCGGCCUGGUCGCGUUGAGGACACCUGGCCACCUCUAUUCCCAGCCACCACGGCCAACACUCGACACGAGCGUCCCCUUCGCGACAAACACUGAUGGGACGCGAUCUGAGCGCCCUCUUCUUCCCCCUUCCUAGGACGCCACACUGUGGUAGGAAGCCGGGCCGGCGAGGAGCUUUUGUCCUGGGGGCGGUGCAGCUUUUGCGGAGAGAGAGCUAAGUCGUCAUUGCUCCUUGUUUAUUCAUGCUUCUCCUUCAGGUUGCGAGGGGCCAUGUACUUGAGCAUCUACGGCGGUCGGAACACCUUCACACAGGUAGCGAUGAAAAUGUGCGGACCUCCCAUCGUGCAUGCGAAUGCUUCAAAACUAAUUUUAGUCCGCCUUGCUGCUGGUACCGAGCACACCGUUUCUGGCGCUUAGACAUCGCGCAACUUCAAAAUGCAGCUCAGUCUCUUGGCCUGUGAGAAGAUGCCAUGUCUCGAGUAGUUUAUCAGUGGUAGGCUAUGCCAGUGACGACUCGCAGACAUUCAAACGCAGCACCCGACUUUUGUAGCUAGAGUUUGUAGAGCCCGCUUCAUAUAUACAAGUGGCGCUGGCUGCCCUUAGUCAUGCGUCACGUUUUCAACUCUUUAGGCCAUCAAUGUAGUAUGCGCGAUGUUUUAAUCGUAGAGUGUGCUUCAGAAUAUUAUUCAUCUGACGCAGAAGCGUUUAGUUUUUAUCUAUGAUAUUCCACCUAAAUAGGGGAAAAGGUAAUGCGAUAAGGUACACACGUAGCAUAAGUGCCAGGCCUACUCGAGCCAAACAGGGUACUAUCAAGCUAUUACCUGCAGCAGCGCGGCGGAAAGGCACCAGUGCAUGCGAGCACGCACAUACAUACAUACAUACAUACAUACAUACAUACAUACAUACAUACAUACAUACAUACAUACAUACAUACAUACAUACAUACAUACAUACAUACAUACAUACAUACAUACAUACAUACAUACAUACAUACAUACAUACAUACAUACAUACAUACACACACACACACACACACACACACACACACACACACACACACACACACACACACACACACACACACACACACACACACACACGCAUGCACGCACACACACACACAUUAGAAGGAGGAAGAUGUUUUAAUGAAGAGGUUGGCCGAAGGAAUGUGUAUCUAGACUGCUGCUCCUAGACCUCGGUAGAAACAUGCGAGUAAGUCAUUGUGAGCACUGCGUAGUUUUCCCCAUAACCGAAAUGCAGCAACCGAAAGCGUGCUGCUUCCAACUUCUCCAGUUGCACCCCUGUUAACCCUACCCUAACACUUUGGAUAAAGAAAGCGUUUCUUUAAAGGAUUACAAAAAAAGCAAAAAAAAAAAAACAUCACUCCAAUUCACUCCACAGAGUCUCAAAAAGUUUUUUAACGUUUCUAAUCGCAACCUUACAGAAUCGGCGCACUUCGAGGAGCAGAGCGACGAACUCUCGCACAAAUAAACGCGACCGUAUAAGCUUGUUUUCUGGCACGAAAAGCGACGGUGCCCCACGCACGCUCGGAAAGAAACCACUCACACCGUUCUCCACUUGGGCCGCGCCCUUUGUUCAGUUCAUUUCACGACCAGCGCCCUGUCGCGGGCGCAGCGUAGCGUUAGUCCCCCGCAGCGUGGUGCAGCUGCGCAUUACGACGCCCCAUACGAGGAAGGCGCAAGCGGCGCUUCAGACAAUUGCAUCCCAGACAAUCACAGGAACACCGCUGCUACGCCUCCUUCAGAAUGGCUCCACGAAAUUGUUCUUGUUGAAAAUCUUCACGCGAUGUUCCUCGCCCAUCGUUCAUGGCUCGUAUCUUGCCUUUACCAUAUAUAUGUGGAGGCUUCCGUGGGAGGUGCAUUGAGACGUUGGUGAACGCCAAUCCCUCACCUGCGCCCUCCCCUCUCUCCCUUCUUCUCCUACUUUGCAAUCGUUUUCGCUUCGUCCUAGGCGCAACUCACUUUGUCGCUCCAAAAUAGUUGGCCUCGUCAUUCGCGCCGUCCAUUUGUUUGUUAUCGUUGUUGGAGGUGGCUACGCCAAGCUAUGUCGUUUUUUCGAAGCGCAUCGUUCGCAUCUCAAACCUACAUGUGUCGUCCUUUCUUAAAUAUCUCUUUUUGCUUUUUCUCUGCGCACUAAUACGCUGCCGCUUUGGUUCGCCUCGGUGGAUUCUCUUCAAGCACCUUUCCUAGCACGCUUCGUCAUCUGCCGCAUAUCAUAUGCCCCCGUGUCCUCUGUCGCUUUUUUUCAUCCCCCUAGGAGGCGUCCAUGCUUUCCCGUGUUGUGCAGCAGACCUACAAUGGCUGCGCUGUCGCAGCGCCCUUUUCUUUUUCUUAUUCCUCCCUGCACACCGUCAGGUCCGGCGUCUAUUUUCGUUCCGACUUUCGGAGAUAAGGAAAAGGUUCGUUUAUUUGUCACACAAGUCUCCUAAACUCUUCGCGACAAAGGGCCUCGCUGGCUCCUAACGGCCAACGUUGCACGUUCGCCUAUACAUUAUUCCUCGUGCCGCACCGUCGUCGUGGAAGCAAACAACCCAAUUUAAUUUGCGCACCCCUGUGGAGUCUUUGCCUUGGCUUUGUUUUUGUUUUUCUCUCCCACGGUCUAAUCUCUAGGCUCCGAGAGUACUUCUUGCUUUAGGGACUUCGGGCCACGCCCUUGAAAAGAUAAUAAGAAAAAGAACUCCGGGCGCAGCGUUUUAUUUCUUUUUUU